CGCACCGUCGGGCUCGUCCCUCAUGCCGGGGAAGCUGAGGCGCAGCGUCCGGGGGGUGCUGGGGGAGAAGCAGUGGCAGAGCCUGGAGGAGACGGGAAGCGCCCGGCUGGGGCAGCCCAAGCUCGCCAGAUCCAAGACUUAUGACCCCUCCUGCAAGGACACAGGGCAGGCGGCCACAGGCGGGGAGGGACCCCCAUCCCCCGCGCUGAGCAAACGGGACGGCAGCUACCGCCGGGCCUUCGGGGAGCUCGCCGGGAGGGACGCGCUGCUGGGCUGCUUCUCGUGCGCCUGGCAGAGAGAGGUGCCCUACCACGGCCGCCUCUACGUGUCCUCCCGACACGUCUGCUUCCACUCCAGCCUCCUGCUCAAGGACAUCAAGGCCGUGAUCCCCGUCGCCUCCAUCUCAGCCCUCAAAAAGACCAACACGGCGCUGCUGGUGCCCAACGCGCUCAGCAUCCGCACGGCCCAGGGGGAGAAGUUCCUCUUCGUGUCGCUGCGCCAGCGAGAGGCCACGUACCAGCUCCUGAGGUCGGUCUGCAAACAGCUGCAGGACAGAGGCCAGAGCCCUCGGAACUCGGUGAACAACGAGGGAACCCCUGAGAAGACUCUGACCUCGAGCGAGUCGGACCCGGAGCAGAGCACCCCGGAGCCCAACAGCCUCCACGAGUGCCUGGAUGAACCAAGCCCGAGGCCAAGGGAAGCAGAGGAGGAGGAUGACAAGGUGGCCCUGCUGACCCCCAGCAGCAGCAAACGGGUGCCCUGGGCAGGGACACGCAGCCUCUGGGGGGAACCCCACACCAUGCUCUGGUCCCAGGCCACUGCACUCUGGUCCCGGAUGAGCCCCCAGCUGAACCAUUUUAACAUCAUCAUCACCAUCUACCUGCUGCUCAUGGUGGCCUUGCUGGUGUCCUCGGGGUACAUCGGGCUGCGCAUCAUGGAGCUGGAGCAGCAGUUGGCAUUUGCAGGGGCUCAGCCACGCCCCAACCCACCACAGCAGUGAGUGACCAGGGGUGGGGGGCCUUCUGUGCCCAGCAGAGACCCCCCUCAGUCUGCCUCCCCCUGCCCAGGUACAAGAACACGUGAGGCCAGUGAGGACCCACCGUCAUCGAUGCCCUGGACAGGGGGCACAGGGGCUGCCCCAACCCCUUCCUCUGCCUCUCAGGGGGCUCCAUCACCAAGUGCCUUCCAGCUUCCCAUGGUGCCUGGGAAGCCCAGAGGGGGUGUGGGGCUCUGUCUCGCUCCCCCUGUGUCUCCCACCCUGAGCUGCAGCAGGAGGGAACCCAGGGAGUCCCAGGGGUUCCAUGAGCAGCACAUGGGGAGGGGUUGGGGCCACCUCAUACCCAGCCCUCCCUGCCCAGCAGGGGCAGGCAGAGGGGCUUGGGCCCAGGCAACGCAGGGGCAAAGAGA